AUGGAGCCUCUCUUUGCUGCUGUUCUGCGAGAGGUCGCCGUAGAACGAGAACGAGCUGCUUCAAGCACUCUCGAUAGUACCAGUGCCUCGAGGAGCUUUGGUUAUCUUCCCCGAGAAGCCACCGCAGAUCAAGUCUACCUUGCAUUGGAACACGAUAUAAACCCGUUCACCAAUCAGCCCUAUACUGCGCAAUACAGAAAGAUCCUUGAAGGCCGCAAAACGCUCCCCGUGUUUGCACAUAUGGCCGAGUUCUAUAAGAUAUUCAACAAACACCAAAUCAUCAUCAUGAUCGGUGAGACCGGCUCAGGCAAGACCACGCAAAUACCCCAGUUCGUCGCCUACUCAGAUCUUCCGCACACCAAGAAUAAGAUCGUGGCAUGCACUCAGACCCGCAGAGUUGCUACCACGGCUGUAGCGGAACGCGUAGCAGAUGAGAUGGAUGUCCAACUCGGCCAACAAGUCGGUUACUCGAUACGUUUCGAAGAUAUGACCGAGCCCGGGACCACUUUCCUCAAAUACAUGACCGACGGCAUACUCCUCCGCGAGGCCAUGCACGACCCAGAUCUGAGCCGCUACUCCACUAUCAUCGUCGACGAUGCUCACGAACGCACCCUUGCUACUGACAUCCUCAUGGGGGUUCUCAAAACCCUCGCUCGCCGUCGCCCAGACCUCAAGCUCAUCAUUAUGUCCGCCACUCUAGACGCUCUCAAGUUUCAGGAAUACUUCGCUGUCUCCGGCGGCGUCCUUCCCCCGCUCUUCAAGGUUCCUGGCCGCACUCACCCCGUCGAAGUGUUCUACAUCCAAGAUCCGGUGUCAGACUAUGUCAAGGCCGCCAUUCGUCUUGUACUCAAGAUCCAUUGCACAGAGAAACCAGGGGAUAUCUUGGUAUUCCUGACGGGUGAAGAGGAGAUAGAGGAUGCCUGCCAUAGGAUCAAGCUCGAGGUGGAUGACCUCAUCAAGUCCUACCCUGAGACCAUAGGCCCUCUCGAGUGCAUCCCGUUGUACUCCUGGUUACCGCCUCAACAACAACAGCGCAUCUUUGACCCGCCGCCCAAAGCAGGCAGUCCGUCUGGCCCACAAGGACGCAAGGUCGUGGUGAGCACGAAUAUCGCGGAGUCGUCGCUGACGAUCGAUGGGAUUGUGUACGUCGUGGACCCGGGGUUUUCCAAGCAGAAGGUGUACAACCCGAGCACCCGCGUGGAGAGCUUGCUUGUGAGUCGGAUCUCCAAGGAGUCGGCACAGCAGCGCACGGGCCGUGCUGGGCGAACGAGGCCGGGCAAAUGUUAUAGGUUGUACACGAAGAAGGACUUCAUGUCGGAGUUCAAGGAGCAGACGGAACCAGAGAUUUUGAGGAGUAAUUUAGUGAGCACGGUGCUGAUGCUUGUCAAGGCAGGGAUUAAGGAUCUUGUCAAGUUUGAUUAUUUAGAUGAACCAGCGCCAGAGUCCUUGAUGAGGGCGCUGGAGAUAUUGAAUUACCUCGCAGCAGUAGAUGAUGAUGGGAACCUCACGGCGCUUGGGAGUAUCAUGGCUGAAUUCCCUCUCGAUCCCCAGCUCUCAAAGAUGCUGAUCGUCAGCCCGGAGUUUAAAUGUAGCAACGAGAUAUUGACGAUCACCGCGAUGCUGUCAGUGCCAAAUGUAUGGCUACGACCAAGUAAAAAGCGAGAAGAAGCGGAUGCUGCAAAGGCGCUGCUUACCGUCCCCGGCGGCGACCACUUAAUACUUCUGAACGUGUACAAUGAGUACAUUCAAAACCAACACGACAAAGACUGGACAUGGAUUCACUACCUCUCCGCUCCAGCGCUACUGCAAGCAGUCAACGUGCGCGAGCAGUUGGAACGGACGAUGGGACGGUUUGAGGUGGACCUCGUAAGCGUGCAAGAUCAGGGCGAAAUGUCUCUGGCAAUCAAGCAGGCGUUGUGUUGUGGCUUUUUCAUGCAAGCUGCACAUAAGGUGGGAGGGAAGAGGAAUUAUAUGACCUUGAACAAUCAGCCUGUGGUGCUGCAUCCAUCCUGCAGACUGGAUACACAGCCGGAGUGGGUAAUUUUCAACGAGUUCUUGGUCACGAACAGUCCGUAUAUACGGACUGUCACGGGUGUCCGACCAGAGUGGCUCCUCCAGUACGCGCGCUUGUACUUUGAUUUGAAGGAUUGGCCAGACAGCCAGACUAAGCGUGCAUUGAUGAGGGUUGCGAACAAGACGACGGGCAGGCUUGGGGCGCGAUUUGACAAGGCGGCGCGCGUUGGUGAAAGUGGUGAGGAGGUUGAGGAAUUGAUGAGGAGGUUGAGGACCUGGUGA